AAAGUGGAUGGUGCCAAACAACUCGCAGAGGCGCAAAAGUAGCAGCUCUGCUUCUGGAGCCCAGACGAAGAGGAGAGAGCUCCAGGGCGCUCAGGACGCGCGGGAGAAUCUUUCCCAGAGCUUUCAGCCUAAGGAAGGGUUCAGCUUUCCAGCGUGCACCCGAGGCUUCCAGCUCAUCCGGAACCAAGGGACGGGCAAUUAUAGAGAAGGUGCUUGCUGAGGAGACCAGUCCUAAAAAGUGAGCCUGAGACUUGAUUUGCAAAACCAGAAACACUCCCGACUGCGGCCGCAGCAGCAAGACUAAGAAAGGUGAAAUUGCUGAAGGACCAGCUCCUCUCUGGGUCUCCCAACUGGCAUGGCAUCUGUCCUGGGGAGUGGCAGAGGGUCUGGAGGGCUAAGCAGUCAACUCAAAUGCAAGUCCAAGAGGAGGAGGAGGAGGAGGUCCAAGAGGAAAGACAAAGUCAGCAUACUGUCAACCUUCCUUGCUCCUUUCAAGUACCUAAGUCCUGGCACCACAAACACAGAGGAUGAAGAUAACCUAAGUACCAGCAGUGCUGAAGUGAAGGAAAACCGAAAUGUGAGCAACCUGGGGACCAGGCCCCUGCCCCCUGGAGACUGGGCCAGAGGCAGCACACCCAGCGUUAAAAGGAAAAGGCCGCUGGAGGAAGGAAAUGGGGGACAUUUCUGCAAACUCCAGCUGAUCUGGAAGAAGCUCUCCUGGUCUGUGACACCCAAGAAUGCGCUGGUCCAGCUGCAUGAGCUGAAGCCUGGUCUGCAGUACCGAAUGGUGUCACAGACGGGCCCGGUGCACGCCCCAGUUUUCGCAGUGGCUGUAGAAGUGAACGGCCUCACAUUUGAAGGCACGGGGCCCACUAAGAAGAAGGCCAAGAUGCGGGCAGCAGAAAUGGCCCUGAAGUCCUUUGUGCAGUUCCCCAAUGCCUUCCAGGCCCACCUGGCCAUGGGCAGUAGUACCAGCCCGUGCACUGACUUCACCUCUGACCAGGCUGACUUCCCAGACACGUUGUUCAAGGAGUUUGAACCAUCCUCAAAAAACGAAGACUUCCCAGGCUGUCAUCCCGUUGAUACUGAGUUUCUGUCCUCUGCCUAUCGGCGAGGACGGCUACUCUACCACACCCUGGACCUCAUGGGCCAGGCUCUGCCUGACAGGUCCAGGCUGGCUCCGGGAGCCUUGGGUGAGAGGAACCCUGUAGUGGUACUGAAUGAGUUACGCUCAGGUCUUCGGUAUGUGUGCCUCUCCGAGACAGCCGAGAAGCCCCGAGUCAAGAGCUUUGUCAUGGCUGUGUGCGUGGAUGGGAGGACGUUCGAAGGCUCUGGACGCAGCAAGAAGCUGGCCAAGGGCCAAGCAGCACAAGCUGCCUUGCAGGCCCUCUUCGAUAUCCGGCUGCCUGGUCACAUACCCAGCAGGAGUAAAAGCAACCUCUUGCCACAGGAUUUUGCAGACUCUGUGUCCCAGCUGGUCACACAGAAGUUCCGUGAACUGACAGUCGGCCUGACAUCUGUGUAUGCCCGCCACAAAACACUGGCAGGAAUCGUCAUGACCAAAGGCUUGGACACCAAACAAGCGCAGGUCAUCGUUCUGUCCUCUGGGACCAAGUGUAUCAGCGGUGAGCACAUCAGUGACCAGGGGCUGGUUGUCAACGACUGUCAUGCUGAGAUCGUGGCGAGGCGGGCAUUUCUUCACUUCCUCUACUCUCAGCUGGAGCUGCACUUGAGCAAGCAUCAAGAGGACCCCGAGAGAUCAAUAUUCAUACGUUUAAAGGAAGGAGGUUACAGGCUGCGAGAAAACAUCCUCUUCCAUCUCUACGUGAGCACAUCCCCCUGUGGAGAUGCCAGAGUCAACUCUCCAUAUGAAAUCACCACAGACUUGAACAGCAGCAAACACAUCGUCAGGAAGUUCCGAGGGCACCUGCGCACCAAGAUUGAGUCUGGGGAAGGAACAGUCCCUGUGCGGGGCCCCAGUGCAGUCCAGACGUGGGAUGGCAUCCUAUUGGGGGAGCAGCUAAUCACCAUGUCCUGCACAGACAAGAUUGCCAGCUGGAAUGUGCUGGGACUACAAGGCGCUCUCCUCUGUCACUUCAUCGAGCCUGUGUACCUCCACAGCAUCAUUGUGGGCAGCCUGCACCACACGGGCCAUCUUGCACGGGUCAUGAGCCACAGGAUGGAGGGAAUCGGCCAGCUGCCUGCCUCAUACCGACAAAACAGGCCUCUCCUUAGUGGCGUGAGUCACGCAGAGGCCCGGCAGCCAGGAAAGUCUCCCCACUUCAGUGCCAACUGGGUCGUGGGCAGCGCCGACCUGGAGAUCAUUAAUGCCACCACUGGGAAGAGGAGCUGUGGGGGCUCAUCCCGGCUCUGCAAACACGUGUUUUCUGCUUGGUGGGCACGGCUGCAUGGUAGGCUAAGCACACGGAUCCCCAGCCAUGGAGACACACCAUCCAUGUACUGUGAGGCCAAGCAGGGGGCUCACACCUACCAGUCUGUUAAACAGCAGCUCUUCAAGGCCUUUCAGAAAGCCGGUCUUGGCACCUGGGUGAGAAAACCACCGGAGCAAGAUCAGUUUCUACUAAGUCUCUAAGUCACUAGGCUCCUUCGCUAUUGGACCAGAGGGAGAUGCCUGGAGAGGAUGAAGCCGUAUGAUGGUGUGGUGUGUCCAUCAGUUCUUGACCUUUGUUCUCCUUCACUGUUCAGGAACAUGUGGCUCCAUGUGUGGAUGAGAGACUAGGUUUGAGUUUGGGUCGGGCUGCUUCUCCCUGGGCUGUUAGUUCCAAGAACCCCAUCCACCAUAGCUAGAGAGAGAAGCUUUGUUGUGUCAGCCCCAUCCCUUACUGGGUAUCAAAAGGAAAUUCUCUGUUCAGGCAAGGGAGUCCAGAGGCAGGACUGAAAGGUAGUACUAAAGCGUAGCUUCAUGCAUCUUCCUUUGGACCUCCCCUCCCUUCUCUUCCAAGGGCCUCUCUAGUGGUGUGAUCAAGUCUCACCAGCACAAGUUUAUAUGACAUUUCAAGAUAAGCCACAGGUGAACAGGAAAGCCAGGGGCUCCCCAACUCCAAAGAACCCAACAGGAAUGCUGUAUUGUUCUCAUUAUUCAUUCAGACCUUUCCAACUUCUUUCAAGAAGAACUUGAGACAGACACUGUCAAAGAGCAGCCAAAGUGAAAGCUAUACUUAUGACACAAAGGGAUAGUUACCUAAGACAGGAAAGAGUCAUAAUUGAUGAGCUAAGAAAACUGUUAUUAAACUGCCCAAUGAUAGUAUGUUGCAAACAAACCCAAGCCUUUCCACUUGAUGACAACCUCUCCAUUGCUUUUAUAGAUAAUGAUAGCCACAGAAGUGACAACUGUAGGGUGAUUAACCACUACCCAAUAAUCUCUCUACUAGGUAUGAGUAAUGAAACUGAGUUUUAGAUCAAAUUCUAAAUUUUAAGCAAUUUUUUAUUAGAAAGAAAUCACACACACACACACACACACACACACACACACCUCAGUGCAAUCUUUCGGUUUGAGGAGCUGCAUGCUCUCUGUCAUUUUAGGUCCCUUGAUCAUCAUGUCGCAUGAAUAAAAUAAUAAUAACCACAAAGAUAAUGAUGACUUGCCAUAGCUGACAAAAUUAAAGGGACAGAAUCAUGCCACUUUUAGAACGGACAUUAGAGUUCAUCGGUAGACAUAUAUUUCUUUAAUAUUUAGCCUACAUCAUCAUCUCUAAGAGGAAAACAAAAUACAGGCAAGAGGAGGCAUGUUGCCAACCAAUGUUUCUUGAAUUAAUUGUCUUUAAACACUUGGAGCUCAUUUCUAACAUUCAUCAAGCUAGUUAACAUGCGUCUAAUCUUUUCUAUUGAACCCCAUGUGACGGGCUGGAGAGAUGGCUCAGCAGUUAGGAGCUUUGCUGCUUCUAUAGAGGACUCUGGUUGAGUUCCCAGCUUCCACACGGCAGCUUACAGCCAUCCAUAACUCCAGCCCCAGCAGCUCCACACAUCCAUGCAGUGCACCUACAUAAAUGUGGGCAAAUUAUCAUAGACAUAAAGUUAAAAUAAAUAAAUCCUUUUUAAUCCCAUCUGAGAUGCAUUACGGAUUUCUGUUUCAUUUUGUUUUGUUUUUAAAGAAUAGGAGGAACCAUGUUUAGAAUAUGGGAGUCUUGAUUAGAAUUCUAGUGCAUCAUCCCCCAAUAAAAUUCAACCAUUACAUCAUGAUGCUUUUAUUCUAUCUUAUAUUGCAGAUGUCACAAGAAUUUGGUAAACAUGAAAUACAUUCAAUUGUAGCUAUUCAAUAAAAAGAAAAGUGGAGAUAUUAAUUCCUUGGAUUUAAUAUGAGAUCACAUCACUAAAGUCCUUUGAGAAAAGAAUAUGAACACCAUUGUAGGAAUGUGUUCAAGAUAAACUUUCAAAGACAUGCAAAUGUUUCUGCAAAUGAGUGAUUCAUAUCAUAAAUAUUGAGGAAAAUGUAAUCUUAACUCAAGGUAAAGGCUAAGAUCAAAAUGCCAACUUACAGUGAUCUCUGAUAACUUGAUAUAUCACUAGGGGGAGGCUUAGAAACACAAGAAACCUUGAGAGCUGAAUAUGGCUUAGCUGUAAUCCUUCAACGGUUAGGCACAGUUACUUCCUAGCUGAACUCUAGGACCUGCCCUCAAAUCAUUUGUAUUCUGAGCUAUUGAAUGGAGAGCACACAGCACAUCAGAGCAGUGAGCUCCAAACAGAGUUAUUGGUUAUAAAAAUAAUUGGCAUUAACUUCAGGGUCUUAAACAAGAUGGAAGGAGGCAGAGUGGGGUACCUUUCAGAUAUUCUCAGAGAAUACCAUCACUUUGGCCUAUGCAAGAGUCAGAGAAAGCAGUGGCUACCCAGCACCAUCAUGGACAUAAGUUCCAGGGAUAGAUUUAUGACUCAUGGUGUCUACAGUACUGUUUCUCCAGAAACAACCCAAACUUUCCUAAGAGACUAGGGGAUCAAAUUUGUUUAUAGAGGUAAAAGAAUUCUUUAAUGCUACAAGACAAUUUUUAAAAACUAAAGAUAAUUUUCUCCUUCUGAAAGAAGGAUUCAUUCCACCCCUGAGCACUAGCAUAGAGAUUUGCUUGUUUAUUCUAAUCACAUGUAUAUGUGUGUGAUUGUGUAUGGGUAUGUUCAUGUGUGUGCAGGUGCCUGCAGGAGGCUGAAGAGGGUGUCAGAGCUGCUGAAGUGAGAGUCUUACGCAGUUGUGAGAUACCCUGUGUGGGUGCCAGGAAGCCAAAUGGGUUCUCUGGAAGAUGCUUUUAACCACUGAGUUAACUCUCCAGCCCUGAGAAUCACUUGUUAAAUAAACAAAAGAUUCCUAUAUAGGAGAGCUAGGGGAUCCACAUUUGUUUGUAGAGGUAAAAGAAUUCUUUAAUGCUACAAGACAAUUUUAAGAAACUACAGCUUGUCCAAAGAGACAUCAUGGGAAAUGCUUUUUUUCAAUAGUUGACUGUCUUGCAAGAUACCUGUCAGGGUGAAUGUAAAAUAAAGGAGAUGGGAGGAAGGAGGCAGAGGGUCCCUGAAUCUCUUCAAUGAAAAGAGACUUACUAAAAUUAUCUAAGUGAACCCUGCCACGUGCUUAGAAGCAGAGGUCAGGAAAAGACAAUCUUCCAAGAAGCAGGAAAACACAAAGAGGUACU